AGACCUUAAGUAAUAUCAUAAAAUUAUAAUUAAAUAUUUACAUCGAAAUUCCGAAUUCAGUUUCAUCCAUACUUAUUUGAAAAGUAAAGCUCUGCCACCAUGGAAACUCUGCAAGCAAAUAUUACAUCGACAUGUCCAGUUCCAUUUUCUGGUAUAACUGGCGAUUUGUUUCUUCAAGCUGUGACAGCUGUAAUUGCAGCCCAUUGCAGUAUUUUAGACGGUUAUACUUGGCCUCCGGAUAGUGCUAUAAAUGUAAUCGACAAAGGAUCUAAUAUUCAAUACGACUUUAUAAUAGUAGGAGCUGGAACAGCUGGAUCAUUAUUUGCAAGUCAAUUAUCUAAUAUCUAUCCUUCGUGGUCAAUACUACUGAUAGAAGCGGGUGACGACCCUGGUAUUGAUAGUGAGAUUCCUGCAUUUUUAUUUUUAAACCAAAACUCCAGUUACGACUGGUUUUACAAAACAUACCCCGAUGGACAAAGCUGUUUAGGCUUUCGAAACAGGAGUUGUAUAUGGAGUAAAGGAAAAGGACUUGGUGGUUCGAGUUCAAUAAAUGCCAUGAUUUAUCUCAGAGGCCACCCAGAAGACUUUAUGGAUUGGGAAACUUCAGGAAACAAUGGUUGGGGAUACAAAGACUUAAUAAAGUAUUUCGAAAAACAGGAAGAACUGUUUAAUAUCACUGACAGUGCAUUCCCUGGAUACCAAAAUGAAUGGUAUGAUGUAAUUGAUAAGGCAUGGGAAGAAUUAGGCUUUACUGCAAAUAAUUAUAGGAACCAUGAAACGAUAAUUGGAACUAAAAAGGCGCGUAUACUAACGCAAAAUGGAAAACGUAGCAACACAGCUAAAGUAUACUUUAAUAAACUUGGUGAAAACGUUGUUAUCAUGAAAAACACAAAAGUAGAAAAAGUAUUGUUAAAUAAGAAAACUAAACAAGCCUUAGGUGUACACAUACGACACCAAAGCGGCAAAUCAAUGGAUAUAAUAGCUAAAAAAGAAGUGGUGUUAGCCGCUGGUUCCAUUGCAACGCCGCAAUUGCUCCUGUUAUCUGGCAUAGGACCGAGGAAACAUCUUGAACUCUUAAACAUAGAUUGUUUACUAAACCUUCCUGUAGGAAAAAACUUGCAAGACCAUUUGUUUUUUCCUUUAUUUUUUAAAACUAAUAUGAAUAAUGAACUACCUCGUGACCUUAUAAACAUACUUCUAUUGCAGUAUAUGGUAACUAGAACAGGACCUUUCUCAAAUAUUGGGUUAACUGACUAUAUGAGUUUUAUCAACACCAACAACGAUUCCGAUUACCCUGACAUACAAUUUCACCACACAUAUUUUACCAAAAAUGAUAAUUUUGUAUUAAAACCAUACCUCUUUGGUGUUGGUUACAGUGAUGAAAUCGUACAAGCAAUCGAAGCAUUGAAUAAGAAACAAGAUAUGCUGGGUAUUUACCCUACAUUACUAAAGCCAAAAUCAAGAGGUGAAAUUUUGCUUUCUAAAUCUGAUUUAUCAAAACCUAUAAUAAAAACUAAUUAUUUCCAGCAUCCAGACGACUUAGUUACUCUAAUAAAAGCUAUUAAUUUUGUUCAGAAACUUGAGAAAACUUCAUCAUUUAAAGCACUAGGUAUUGAACUACUAAACGUUAAAAUACAAGGCUGUCAUAAUUACUCCUAUACGGACGCUUAUUGGGAGUGUUACAUAAGACACAUGGCUACAACAGUCUACCAUCCAGUCGGAACAACUAAAAUGGGGCCCGAACAAGAUGGUUCUUCUGUAGUUGGUCGUGAUUUGAUAGUUCAUGGCUUACGAAAUCUUAGGAUUGUCGAUGCGAGCAUUAUGCCUAAAAUACCCAGUGCUAAUACUAUGGCUGCAACUUUGGCACUUGCACAAAAGGCUGUUGAUAUUAUUAAGGGUCAAUACGGAAGCAAAGAUGAAUUGUAAGCACAUGUUACUGCAUAUUUGUUAUUUAGAUUAUAUAAAUUAUAUUGGGUCUUUGUGUAA